GCAAGUACAACAGUUCUCUGUGAGCCCCCAUUCAUUUCCUGAGAACUACCCAGAGCAGCUGAGAGGAGCUGAGCAGAAGGGAGGGAGUCAGAGAGAGAGAGAGAGAGAGAGCGAGCGAGGAGAGGAAGACACACACACAGAGAGAGAGAGAGAGAGAGCGGACUGUAUAAGGAAAACAGUUUCUGCCUCUCUGCAGCUCCUGAUCAGACGCCAUCAAUAACAGGAUGUUAAUGCUUGACGGAAUGCCAGCAGUCCGAGUCAAAGCAGAGCCUCUGGAAUCCGAGAGAGGGUGGUGGAGAACAGAUUUUAGAGGAGAUAUGAGUGAAGCCAAGAGGAAUGAGUCACAGGGAUUGAAAGGAACAACAUAAGAGAGACACAACUGCAGCGAAUGGCACUCAUCCCAGCCCUGUGAUGUCAUAUCUUAAACCUCCAAAAUAGUGUCACUGUGUGAGAGGGCUUAUCUGGGUGCAGUCCCCUAAAGUGCACAGCUACCCUGAUAUGGAGGCAGUUCCCCUUCUCCUUAGCAAAGUGAAGGCAGAGCCACCGGAGGACCUGCUCUCUUCUGAGCACUUUCACACUCAGACAGAACCCGUGGACCUGUCAAUCAACAAGACUCGGUCCUCACCUCCAUCCUCCUCUGCCUCGCCCGUCACUUCGGCCUUCUCUCCGUCCUCCUCCUCUUCAUCUUCAUCACCAUCGCCUUCUGUAAUCGCCUCCAUUUCUUCAGGAAAGCCCUCAGUGUUGACUCCUGGGCCUCUGGUGGGAUCUCCCUCGGGAGUCAGAGGCCAGUCAUAUUUACAUAUCAUCCACCCAGUGCCCCCUUCCAGCCCCAGCAAACUGGCCAGACAGGUGCAGCGCAUCCCAGUAGUGGUGCAGUCAUUGCCACUAAUGUACACUACAGCAGUACGCUCACCCUCCAACCAUCUCAACUCCACCAUCAUGGUCCCACUGAUGGACGAGCCCAAGAGCCAUGGCAAAGCACAAACAGAACUAAACGGCUUGUCACCAAGACAAAUCAGAAGUGACAGUGAUGAUGACGACCUGCCAAAUGUAACCUUGGACAGCGUCAAUGAAACAGGAUCCACCGCGCUGUCUAUAGCACGAGCGGUGCAAGAUUCCAUGUCACCAUUCAGUAUUGAGAGCAUGCGACGGCCACGCCGGUCCGAGUCUCCAGACUCCAAGAAGAGGCGAAUUCACAGAUGUGACUUUGACGGCUGCAAUAAGGUUUACACUAAGAGCUCCCACCUAAAAGCACAUCGGAGAACACACACGGGUGAAAAGCCAUACAAGUGUACCUGGGAUGGCUGCACAUGGAAGUUCGCCCGCUCGGAUGAGUUGACGCGGCAUUAUCGGAAGCAUACGGGGGUGAAGCCUUUCAAAUGUGCGGACUGUGAUCGCAGCUUCUCUCGCUCGGACCACCUGGCCCUGCACCGGCGCAGACACAUGCUGGUCUGAGUGAAGAUCACCUCACAAACCCUUUCUCUUUCUCUCUCUCACACACACAUACACGUGCGCAUGCACGCCGGGGGAGGCUGGGUCUCUCCUUGCACUUGUUCAGCUGGGCUGGACACAAUCAUGGCCAUCCUACAGUAGGUUCUGGUGAAAAGGAAGAGUGAGGAAGUUUAAAGGGAUGCAUGAUGGACAGAAUGUGAUGACAGAUAUCUGAACAAGGUCUGCCUCAAGGAUGGAGCAAAGCUGCUCUACAGAUCUGGGCUCUUCUUGAAGUUUCAGGACAUCUUGAACUGGAGCACUUGUCCAGAUCCUGGUUGUUAGUUCUUGCUUGAGAGUUUUUUCUGUCUGCAGUUUUUUUUUUUUUUUGGCAGCAUCCUUGUUUUGUUUUCAUUUAAAAUGUCUGCUUCCCUUUUGCCAUCAACAAUGUGAAGAACUGCAGUAUUGAAUUGCUUCCUCUUUUGAGAUCUGGAGCUUUGAUAUUGUAGACACAUCCAGGUUCCUACAGGAACAACAUUUUCAUAAAUCUUUAUUUCCUCCUAAGUCAGCAUACCUGAUUAUGAGGAGUCAUUUCUUUGGCAACAGAGGAGAGACCCUGAGUCAGCGUUUCCUGAGGUGAGGUGCUUGGAGAUUUUUCAUAUAGCACAAGUCUGCAAAACAUAGAAUGAGAUUAUACACACAGUGGAUGACACAUCAUAGAGAAUCAUGCAGUUCAUAUAUUGUAUUAGUUUUCACACUAAAGCUAUUUUCUGCUGCACAGGCACUGAAGUACAGUAUAUGGGGUACAUUUGGCUUUAAGAACUCUCAGCUUGUCAGGGUUUUUUUUUUUUUUUUUGCUUUAUGAUAAGAAACAGGGAUAUGAGGCAGUGCAUUCAGUUCUGUGAUUAUCCAGUGAGUCUGAUUGUGCUUUUUCCAUAUAAUUUAAUGUUUAAUUAUUUUCCCUGCUUAGGCCUUUUCCGAUUCUUGCUUGCUUUGAAUAGGAUCGGCCUUGGAAUAAACGAAUACAGUAGUAGUGCUCUAUGUUCAUCACACACAACACUGACCUCCACUGAUGUUUGACUGACUGACACAAAGCGCAGUGCCCUCUUAAGCUUUGAGGAAAUUUAGGUGCAAAAACGUAAAAAACAAAAAAAGGAAAACAUUUCUGCUAACAUGGGCCUUUGAUAGCGUGAUCCUUUUUUUUUUUUAUUUGUACUUGUAUGGACAAUACAAGCCAGGAGAGCAAUACACUCACUUUAGAGUGAUGGGAGAGAGAGAUGGCCUCAUUGGCUGUCUCACUCAAUCCACCAGUAGAGGGCUUUCAAAACAUGGACAAAUCGCUGACUUUCUACCAUUGCCACUUGUUUUUCUAUACUAGAGAAUCUUGUAUAUUUCUAAUGGAUUUGUAGCUCUAAUUUUUUAAAUAGCAAGAGCAUAUUGCUAUUCUCUCUCACACCUAAAAGAUUUGAUUGCACUCAGAAGAAUCCAUUUUCUUUUUUAAGAGCCGUUAAGCGUGGCACUGCAGGUUUUCCUGAAUAAAGCUCAUUUUGUUUCAAGAAAUUCUUACCACACAAACACACAUACGCACCCACACAUACAUGCACACACAGGCAAACACAGAUUGCACACAAUGGAUGUAGGGGGCAUUCAAUUGAACAUUUAACAGAAGUCAUAUUUUAAAGUAUUUACAUUUUUAAGAAUUCCUUUUGUCACUCUGAAUUAACAAAAAUUGUAAUAGUUCAUAUGUUUUCACAUUUUUUUACUAUAGUGCAGUAUGUUGGUCUUGUCUAGUGCACUAAACAGUAAGAUGUUUCACCUUCAGCCUGAUUCCCAAAUACAAAUAGGCCACUAGAGGGUGAUCAUUGUGCAGUAAAGAACACAUGAAACACACACACACACACACACACACACACACAAAAAACACAAUUUUCACCAUCCAAUACGCACACACCCAUCAGCCAUAACAUUACAAUGUAAAAACAUUAUGCCUUGGCGCCAAGACGCUGUCAGCAGAUCCUUUGGGUGCUGUGGAUUAUAGGGUGGAGCUUCUUUGGAAAGGACUUGUUUGUCUGGUGCAUUCAAUGUGUGAUCAACCAGAUUGGGUCUGAGGAGUUUGGAAGCUGGGUCGGCAGCCAUUCGGCUUCUUGCAUCCUUGGCCCUGGGUGCAAUGGACUGGGUGUUCUGGUGCCUUUCUAUUAUGGGCAGCAUUCUUUAUUCUGUAAGUUGUGCUGCUUUUAUGUGAUAUCGGAACAGUCGGAUCAGCCUUUGCUCGCCACAGGCAUGAAUAGGUCUUGAGUGGCCAUGAUCCUGUCACCAGUUUCCUGCAAUAUAAUUGAUAAUCAAUGUUAAGGUGUUCAUGUGGUUUUUUAAUGUUCUGGCUGAUAUACAUACAUACAUACAUACAUACACACAUACAUGCAUGCAUACAGGCAUGUUCAGAAGUUAGUACCCCCUUUUUAAUUCUAUGGUUUGUGUAAAAACAUAAAAGUUGUGGAUCUUAGUGUUAGGCAAAUACAACUUCAGAAGAACAAAACCAUGUCAACAAAAAUGAAGCCAUAAAGAAACAACAUAUAAGCUGUUGCAAUAAUAAGUACCCCCAUUAAAUCAAUAGCUGUAGAUCCACCUUUAGCAGCAAAAACUGAAAGUUAUAAUUUCAUGUGUACCUUUAUCAGUCUUUACAACCAUUCUUCAGUUCAUUGAGGUUUUUAGGAAUUUUCUUAUACACAGCUCUCCCACCACAGCAUUUCAGUUGGGUUAAAGUCUGGACUAGACCAUUCGAAAACCUGUUGCUGCAAAACAAGCCUAAAUUAUCACCCACCAGUGAGUAUGGGGUGUUUCUGCUGAAAUGCUGUUUGGUUUUCACUAAACAUACAGUAUCGCUGGGCAUUAAGGCCAAACAAUUUUACUUUAGUCUCAUCUGUCCAUACGACAUUGUUCCAGAACUCUUGCGAACCUCAGUCGUGCUUCCAUGUUCUUUUUAGACAGAACAGGUUACUCCAACCCUUUCAAACAAAUUAUACUUGUUUAGUCUUCUUCUAAUUGUUCUUCUAAUAUGGACUUACCAUGCUCAGUAAGGCCAUUGGGGUCUGAGAUGUAGCUCUUGUGUUUUUUUGUUUUGUUUUUGUAUUUGUUUAAGUAUUGCACGGUCUGAACUUGGGGGUAAAUGUGCUGGGACACCCACUCCUGGGAAGAUUGGCGACUGUGGAAUGAUUUCCACUUAUUCCACUCCAAGUUGUUUUAUAACCUUUUCUAGAUUGAUGUGCAGUAACAAUUGCUUCCCUAAGUCCAUUGCUUAUGUUUUCUUCCCUUGGUAUUGUAUUAACACAUGCCUGGAUGCUCCAGACCAGCCAACUGCCAAAAACUUCUGCACACCUGCGGAUAAUCAGUUAAUAAAGGCCUGAUUAACCCUCUUAAAUCCUGUGGAAGCAGUAAGGGAUACAUAGUAUUGCCCAGAUGUUUUUUUCUUUUCUUUUCUUUUUGGCUUUAUUUUUGUUAAACAAAUAAUGGCACAGUGACCAAUUUUAUAUGCUGUUGUUCAUCUGAGGUUGUAUUUGCCUAAUACUGAGAACCACCAUAAUCAUAUUAUGUUUUUAGAUCAUAUUAUGUUUUUGAAAGAGGUGUACCACCUUCUGAACGUGACUGUACAUACAUACGUACAUACAUAUAUCUCACAAUCUCAUGUACGAUCAUAUACAGUAUUGUGGCAUUUUGUGUCCAAUAAGAAGGCUCUAAUACAUAACUCUAUAAUUACCUUCUUUAAUUGAAUGUUUAAAUUAAUAACAGAUGUCAGAUGGUCUGCUCGUCUUAAGUGGCCUUAAGAUAAUUAUUAGAUGAUACAUAGAUAAUAUGACAUCCAGUAUACACAGUUUUUUUUUUCAUACUAAACAAAUCUUAUUCUAAAUACAGUGUUAAAGCGUCCAUUGUAUGGUGGGAAUGUCAUCAGACUGGUGUAGAGUAGCAUUUUCAAAUGGCCAGUACAAGCCUCAGUGAUAAUUACAUGCACACAACAUGAAGAAAUGCACUCACUCACUCACUCACUCACUCACUCACACACUCACUCACUCACUCACACACUCACUCACUCACUUACUCACUUAUGUGCACUGCUGUUGGAAUCUCCACGUCUAUACUAUCAACAAGCAAAACUAAACUCAAUCACAGUUUUGUGAAAUGCUGUAAAAGGAAUGUGUCCGUUACAAAAACGAACGUGACCAACGUCACCUUGCUUUUUUUGUGAUCUGAAGUAUUAUAAUCUAUGAUGUUUUAUUUGUUUGUUUGUUUGUUUGUUUGUCUACACAUGCGUGUUUCCUGUGGUACAUGGGCUAGAGUGUAUCAUCAGCACCUUGUUUUUAUGAAGUCAGAAUAUGAAAUGAAUUAUUUUCAGUUAGACAUAACAUUAAUCACCAGUGUAUCUUAUCAACUUAUACUGUAUUUUUGAGAAAUCUCCUCAAUGUGGGGCACUUCAUCUGCAUAUUGCUAUUUUAUGUAAAAAGAAAUCUUUUAAAAAUGUUGUAAUAUAUGUGAAAGUGAAAGUUAUUACUCGGUUUCGAAGACUGUAAAUACCUAUUAAAAAUAGGGCUUUUUAUUAUUAUGUUUUUUUUUAAUACAAGGGAUAACUUUAUAUGACUACAAUAACGAGAUGAUCAUUACCUAUUGGUACACAGUAUAUAAUGGGACUGUGUGGGAGAGUGUUUGAGGUUAUAUAUCAUCUUUAAAUGCUCCUGUUCCUACUGACUGAUGUGUAGGGAUUAAACAAUCCAUCUAUAUGAACACAGUGUUGAGGAACAGCUGCCUGUGUGCACAUUCAUUCAGACAUUUCUUAAGUGUUUUUAUAACAAUAAUAUUUCACAAAAUGUAAAAGGAAAAGAGAAAAAAAAACAACCUAGUCCAAAAAUGAAUGUCCCUUCCCAAACAGUAUUCAAGAGCCAUCAGCAUUCAAAUUAUUAUUUUUUUUCUGUACUAAUAUCAUUCAAAUUUGUAUUUGGCAUUAUUUCUGCUCCUGUACAGGAAAACUUUUCCUAUAUUUGUGUAUUAACAAAUGUGCAUUCUCAAAUCAGUUUUAUAAAAUUUUAUUUUAUCUUUAAAGAUAAAAUGAUUUAUAAUCAUUAAAAGGAGCAUUCUUUUUUGUUUUUUUGUUUUUUCUUAAAAAAAAGAGGAAGCGUUACUUUCUUCUCUGGCAUUCUCACACUUUCUGUCGCAUAAUUUUGUAACGGUGAACAGGGUCAAAGUUAUGCAAUAAUGACCAGUGCCUAAUAUAUUACUCAAGAAGCACAUGCGGAAAGGCAAAAGAUAUGCCAUAAGCACAAAACUUGCAUCCGGUACCAAUAAACCUGUACAAAAUAUCCAAUCCAGAUGUACAGUACCAAGCCUGUUUGUAAUGCACUGAGCCUUACGGACCAUUUAAAGACAACAUUUAAAAGUGAAAGCUGUGAACAUCCUCUUAUUAAUCACAUAACGAGCAAUGCUGUAUGUGUCUCCUCGGAAAAAAAAAAAGAUUUGGAUGGAUAUACCUUACACUUACGAUAUCAUCUUAACUGAAGGAUGCAGUUUCUCCAUUAUUAAGGUUGACUUUUACCUCUUUAAAAUUACACACACCUGAAGUUGAGUAUAACGCACCCUUACAGCUCAAAUCGGUGCCUACAGAGUGCACAAAAAUGCAGCGUGGCUUUGUUAUUUCCUCUGUGAAUGCGCGUUUCUGAUUUGUAUUCAACUUAUUCUGUACAGUAUUGCCUCAGUUUCAAUAUCAGCUUCAUUUCUUAAUCGAAAUAUUCACUUUAUUUUGUCUUUUUUUCCUGAUAUUCUGUGAUUAUCGUUCUUGUAUUUAUGUAUAGUGUAUGUGUAUUGUAAAUAUAUAUUUCAGAGCUUUUCAUUUUUCUGCAGAGUUGUGACUUUUUUUUGCCCUGCUUUGCUUUAAAGGGAAUCCCUUCACACUGAAUCCUAUCACAGAAUGUCUUCAUUUCAAAUAAAAAGGAAAGUGUUUAUUCUUUAUUUGAAUUCUCCAAAAGGUGUCUAGAUAUUAUGUGCUUUUGGUUUUAUCUGUAAUUUCAUUUUAUUCCCUUGAAAAUUGAGCUGUGAAUUUAAAUUGAGUUUUAACAUGAUACUUGUAUGAUAAUCUAAUCGGAGGCAUGGAAGUUAAUAAAAGUUGCAUUUUGUAUGGAA